AAAUCAMGUAAAGUGCARGUUUUCAGCAAAGUGAAACCCAUUACUAAAACAGCGGCAGUGAUUCACAUAAAAAAGAAYUCAAAAAUAGCAACUAAGCUUAAACAGGUAACAAAGAAGGCUUCCAAACAUUAUGACCUUCAAAACACYCAUCAGGUCAACRAAGGGGAGCGGAAUUUGGCGCCCAGUUACUCUAAAUUAUUGAAMAAGAAGAGGACUCCAAAAAAGACUKCUACACCAAAUAUGAACGACAAASUGAAGAAAAAGAAGAGGAAACAGAAAAAGGAUAUUACACCAAAAAUAAAAGACAAAAAGAAAGAKAAGAAAGAUAAGAAAACACAGAGAAAGAAUACCAUACCAAAUGGGAAAGGCAAACAGACAAAGAAGAGCACGCUAAAAAAGAAGAGCAAAAUCAAGAAGUUAAAACAWAGUUCUUCUCAUCAUCCAAAGAUUCACUUAUUUUUGCAAACGUCAAAGAAACUCAAAAAGCAUUCAAAUAUGCAAACACUGCUUAAUAUARAACAUAAAACCAAGCUUGGGACACAACACCGUUCCUUUGUAAAUACUCAUCAUGAUUCUAAGAUGAAAUCCGUACGASGUAAUACUUCAACGAAUCAUGACAAUGUARCUAGUAAAAACGUUGCCAGUGAAAAAGGAAAUGGCAAUGCCUCUGGCCCAUUUGAGUCKUCAKCACCUASAAAAAACAGUUYAGUUUCGAAGACAUUGCCAAAUAAAGAGAAAAGUGAAAUACACUUUUACARUGUGAAUCAAGAUAAAACAACUGACUUUGCUGAAAAUGAAGACAGCAAAAGAAAAAUGGAUUCUCGGAAACAUAAAGAUAACUUUACAAAUGCAGCACAUUUUGAGGCAAAACACACARUAGAAUCUGUGGAAAAWCUUCCUUCGCUCACUGAUACAAGGAAAUCAAAGGAAACCAAUGCAACUUUACUCGGCCAUUUUGUUGACGUUCCUGAUGUACAAGACAGUGUGCAAUUCUCUUCUGAGAGUCAUAAAAAGAAAAAACACAARAAGAUUAAGCAYCAUCAUGUGGGACGAGUCGAUGCAGAGGACAUUGGAGAUUCUGAUUUCGAUAUUUUGAUGUCGAAUGACAUUCCUCACAAAAAUAAACACAAACAAAGUAAAAAGAAAAUAAAGAAAAAGAAAACUAAAAAGCAAAAGAAGGUGUUUGUUGGAGAGGAUGUGAGUGGAAGCGAUGAUUAUAAUGAUGAAAAGCCCAAGAAAAAGUCGUCCAAGAAGAAAAAGAAGCAUUCCAAACAUGAGCCUUGGUUCAAAGGUCAUAUCAAGUACAUAAAAAAGGUAAAGGACGAGACAGGAGAAGGAAGAACUAACACCAAGCWCGUAAAGACGCAUAAAGCCAAGCACAAACCUUCCCAUCCUCAUCACCCAAAAUCUGAUGAAGAUGAUGAUGAUGAGCAAGAAAACCAACCAGUUCAUCAUGACCAUCAUCGUCACCCAAAAACUUCAGAUGAGGACUCGGAUGGUCAAGAUGACAAGCCAGUUCAUUCUGUUCACCAUUACCAUCAUCAUCACCCAAAACCUUCAGAUGAGGACGAACAAGAUAACAAGCCAACCCAUCAUAACCAUCACCAUCCAAAACCUUCAAAUGAUGAUGACCAAGACGACAAGCCAGUUCAUCACUACCAUCAUCGUCACCCCAAACCAUCAGAUAAUGAURAUGAUGAUGGUGAAGAAAAGAACAAACCACMUCAUCCACCUCAUCGUUAUCAUGAAGAAACUGAAAAAAAUGAUGAAGAMGAUUCUGAUGAAGCAAAAUCUAAACAUGCGAAAAAGUACCAUCCACAUUAUCGUAAAAAGAAACCAAAACACGAGGACAACGAUGAUGAUAGCAGCAGUGAUCAUGAAAGCAGGCGAAGAUACCAUAAGAAACUCAGCCGAAAACAACAUGAUGAGCGCAAGAAAAUCGAGUAUGUGGAAAAUCAUUAUGGAUCUCAUCAUAAAAAGAACGAUUACGAAGAAGAUCGUGAAGAGCAUCAUCARAAAUAUUACAAAUACGACAAAGAGAAACCUUUCCACCAUGUGAAACAUAAAUAUCACAAUGACGACGAUGAACAUCGAGACGAUCAAGAACAUGAUGAAAAGGAGUACCAUCAUCACUUCCGUCAUCCAAUCAAAAAUCACGUUCGUGAACACCAUUUCAAGAAAUCAAAGAGCCGUGUAUUUAUAGGGGAAGAUUCAGAWGACGACAGUCGUGAAGAACACAAGAACCGAGAUGAAUAUGAAAAACACAAAGAGAAAAGUAAAUUCAUGCGAGAUUACGAGAAAUGGUUAAAACACAUGAAAAAGGAAUCUCACAAGGAUUAUGAUGACGAGCAUCAUGAUUGGCAAAGAAAGCCAUUUUCGCAUUUCAAACACGGAGAAUCUGCUUUCMACCACGAGAAGGAUCGUGACGAUUUCAGARAGAACAAGCAUUAUCCCCAUGGUCAUGAGGAUUGGGARAGAUAYAAAUGGGAAAAAGAACGGGAACAUAAUGAAAGAAAAAAUGAAGAAAGAAAUGGCUGGGAAGAACGUCACUGGAGAAAUCAUGGAAAAUCCUAUGAGUACCAUCACMAUAAGGAUCACGAAACGUACAGGGAUGAAGAUAAUUCAGGACGUUUUCAUCCAUGGAAAAMCGAAGACAGCGAUCGUCCUUGGGAAGAUAGAAAUCAUGAAAGACAUGGCGAGGAAAAAUGGCCUCCACAUUGGGGGAAUAGCAACCRCCACGACGAAGACCACUGGAGAGAAAGCMCACAUGAAUCACAUCAYGAUGAUACAGAUUGGAGAGACAAACAACAUUGGAAUGACAUUGGAACGAAAACUACUACACCGUGGCCAAUAAACAAGCAAAUUACUCCGAACUACAUAUCCAAUCCAUACAAACAAAGUACUCCACCAUACAGGGCAUCGUGGGGUCCACAACCAACACAACCUCCGUGGAACAAACCAGAUCAAAGACAACAACUGAAUGGGUAUAAUAUUCCUUACAACAUACUUCCGAAUAUUACCCAAGGAAACAUGGUACCACAUCCAACACCAUCGAUUCAGACUUGGUCCACAAGCACUUUGUUACAUCAGCAAACAAACCCGAACAUUGUACAAAAUCAAACUAAUCCWCUAUGGMCAGGACGUCCCAUGAAUGUUCAAAAUAAUAAYCGRGACGUGAUACCGAAUCCUCCCCAGUUUCAACCACAGAUCAAAGGUCAACAAGGAAAUGCUCCUGGUGUCAACAACCAGCCAAUGAAAAAUGGUGUUUUACCAACGAACAACUUCAACACUUUAAAAGGUUUCUUUCACAAUGAAAAGAAUACACCCCAAGUUGGUCCCGGAUUACCGGCGGUACCUGCUAUCUCACCGCAGCAAAAUCAACCUGCACAAGUACAAAUGACCCCUCCAUCUCCACAACAAGUACAAAUGACCCCUCCAUCUCCACAACAAGUACAACCUCAAAUAGCAAAGCCAUCACAGCCACAAGUAGUAAAUCAAAUCCCAGCGCAGGUUCCUGCACCAUUGUCAGGACAACCACAGCAACCUGGAGUAUCACCACCACCACCACCUCCUCCACCACCUCCUCCACCACCACCGCCAACUCCUCCACCUCCAGUUCCCACAACAACCAAACCUACGCCUCCAUCAACAACCUCAACUACACCUACUACAAAAGCAACGACUCGUCCAACAACAAGAACAACUCCAACCACAGUAAAGUCUACCACACUGAAGCCAACAGAAGCGGAUAUUCCUAUCCCUCCGCCUGCUGAUCCUAAUGAUGUUGAUGACAUUGAUGGCCUUAUAGGUGAGCAAGGCAGCAAGAAACGGAAACAUAGAGAUCCUACCUGCAAAGCAGGUAAAGUCACUGAUGACAUGACAUUAAUGCAAGGCAAAAGAGCAGGAAACUUUACCAAGAUCGGUGAUGUUGGAGACUUUGAACUGUGCGUUAAGCGUUGCUGUCAAUCAAAGUCAUGUGAUCUUGCCUAUAAAACCGGUGAGAAUUGCUACUUGGUUCAUUGCAAGAGUAAGGACACCUGUCAAGUAACGCCUGCACUCAUCAAACAGUACAGUCCUAAAAUGUGCUUCAUAAGACGAUCAGAUAUCGAGGAAGAUGAACAAGAUGACGACGAAAACUCUGAUAACAACGAUACUAACAAACCUGACAGUGACAAGCUAUCGCCGACUGGAAUCCAUGAGGUUUGUAAAACAGAAAAAGCUUUAGCCAUCAACUGGAAGAAAACUUCAGCAGGACAUUACUCCACCGUACCAUGUCCACGUGAUGCUAAAGGCAAUGCAAGGAGACGUUGYGGACCAGAUUCAAGAUGGCAGAGUCCAGAUUUUAGUCAGUGUGUGACAAGUGACUAUUUGAAUAUUCAUGAAAAGUCUCACAAAUUAGCCGAAGGGGCGGACGCUCGUCCUCUGAUUCGAGACCUUUCACAGCUGACCACACAAACACUAGAUAAUUCGUUAAUUUUCGGAGGAGAUUUACUGAAAUCAGCUGAAGUCAUGGCAGCAAUUGUGCAGCAUAAUGGGCAAAAUGAUCUUCUUGAGAUGGACAGAGACGACAUGCAGAAUUUCAUCACAACGAGUAGCAACCUACUUGACUUGACGAAUAAACAAGAAUGGAUCAAUGUGCAAGAGACGAAGCCCGGUUCAGCUGAUAUAUUGCGUUCAAUGGAGAUGUUCUCGUUACAAGCAGCCAUGAGGUUACCACGUGAUGGCAUGAGAAAACCAUUCAUCACGAAUAACAUAAUUCUAAAGCUUGAUCGACGAUCAGCGAGGAGCGGUCGCUUAACAUUUCCUGACUACUCAGAGGAGGAGAUCUCAAAAUGGGACGUUAGACAUGACGUCAUCUCCAUUCCACCGUCCGUCUUCAAAGCAGGAGAGUUCAGUGCAGCGAGUAUAAGUUUUAAAAGUCUUCCGUACAUCUUACCUGACGUCAAUUCAAGCAGUGGACUGGGACCUAAUUCUAAAAUCAUAUCGACAAUUCUUCACCCUGCCCCGCCUGACAAAAUCUCACCGCCUGUUACAAUCAUUCUCAGUCAUAUUAAGCUUAAGAGAGAUAAUCCAAGGUGUGUCUUUUGGGACUACAGAAUCAAUCCCCACAGGGGAGGGGGUUGGUCAACGCGUGGUUGCAAGUUGGCAUCAAGUAAUCAAACUCACUCAGUCUGUCAGUGUUCGCAUUUGUCAAAUUUCGCUGUAUUGGCGGACCUGUCAGAUGACCAGGAGAUUSCUGUGUUAACUGUGGUAUCUGCUAAAGAACAAAAAAGAGAACGUACAAUGGCAUUAAUGUGGAUUGGGAUCCCUGUGUUAGUAGUUGGACUCAUUGGUGGAUUAUACAUGUCAUUCAGUUGGACCGGUAAAUCACAGUUAUCAAGCACAUUAAGUCGACCUAUCGGCGAGAGGACGGGUCUCCUGGGACAACGUGUAGUUACGAGUCAAGUACGUGAAGAAUUCCCUGCAUCACCUACUCGACAUCUUUACCGCGCUCUGUCUCCUGCUUACACACCAUUACCAAACGACCUUGAAUGGCAAGAUGAAUUUCGAUAUGAUUUGGGAAUUGAACUUGGUGAUAAAAUUUCCAAAAAGCCUUAUUUACCUCAACUGGAAAUCACGUCCAAGAUGUUUAACAUGUACGAUAARCAUCAUGGGAACAUGAAGGACGUGCUCGAACAGUAUGAUGGGAAUCUGUACAAUCAGAUCAAUGGCUGUCCUUCUUCACCAUCUGCCAGCUCGUCUUUAGAUUCUGGAUACCUUUCGAUGUCGACAUGCUCAUUAUCAUCCCUUGAAUUAGGUUCUCCAUCGAACAGCAGUAACUCAAUAUUUUCACCUCGAGAAACACACUGUUACAAGUCAUUUUUAACAUCUGAUGAACUAGUAUCACCAUCGGCAUGCACUGACCGAACCGCACCGUCAGAAGAAUCACAUCACCUAUUAUUGGCAUCACCUUUAUCUGAUAACGAGCAUUCAUCGGGAUCAUUGAUUGACAGCAGUCAAUCAUCAUCAAUGAUAGAAGAAUCAUAUUUACAAUCAUUAGCGUUGUCAUCGCCAUCAACUUCAUUGCUAUCUCUGUGUUCAUCGUCAUCAUCAAGCGUUUURCAGCUCAAUGAAAUGYAUCUUAACUUAAUUUCAUCACCAAACUCACCAYUAGAAUCAAGAKCACAACCAUUUCCGAUAUCAUCACCCGUCAUCCCACUACCACCCCCUUCGUCCCCAUUACAGCCAAUGCUUCCAUCACAAUGGUCACGUGCACCAAAGAAAACAAGGAAUAAUCGAGURCGAUUUGCAGAAGAUCCACCAACGCUUAGACAACAAUAUGAUGAAGAAGACGCUGGUUUUCAACGUUUGCAACGACUAGAGAGACAAGUUUUCUCACAAAGACUAACUAGAUAUCAAGCCAUAAGCAAGCUCGACAUGAUGGAUUUUCAUAAAAGGACUAAACCAUGAAUUUAUACAUUAUGAUAAUGUUGUUUUUUUAUAAGAAAAAUGUGUAUAUUUGUAAAUGAGCAUUUUCAGCAUUAAAGUUUUUUAUCWAUUUGACGAA